AUGCCCGAAUCCGUCCACUCGCAAGAUCAGGACCAGCCCAUGGCGGACGAGGUCGCGGCCGAGGUCGACCCGAUCACCUUGGACGAUAAGCACAUUGUGGUGCUCCCCGGUGCCACGGAGACGGCUGCGUCGUUUCAGUUUGAGGGAGAAGGUCACACAAUGGGCAAUGCGCUGCGAUAUGCGGUUAUGAAGAAUCCCGCUGUCGAGUUCUGCGGGUACACCAUCCCUCACCCCUCCGAUGCCAAGAUGCACUUCCGCAUCCAGACCACUGACUCAACCACUGCCACCGAAGCACUCGAAAAAGGCUUCAACGACCUGAUGGAUCUAUGCGAUGUGGUGACCGAGAAGUUCACCGCGGCACGAGACCAAUUUAAUGACGAAAAGGCUAAUCGCAUGGAAUCCUGA